AUGUACAUCACUCCCACUUCUAUUUUAUUGGCCAAAGCAAGUAACAUGGUCAAGCUCGACAUCAGUGAGUGGAGAAGUAUAGUCUACGCACACGGAAACGAGAGAAAAAAUAGGAAGCAAAAGCUGAGCGCCGCGCCAGCAGCUUUCGCCCCCCAACCCGGGACGCGCAAGCUCCAGGAUCUGCGCGCGCCCGCGGCGCGUCCCCGCCGAGUCCGCGCGCCUCGUGCCUCGCGCCUUGCGCCUCGAGCCACGUCCCCGCCCCGGCCCCGCGCGCCGCGGAGUUGCCUGCUGGGCGGCGCGGGCCUGGGUGUGGUCGGCGGAUCUCCGCGGCGCUGGUCUCCGCGGUGCACUGCGCUCUGCACGCCGGCUUCGCGCACCAGGGGCGGCUGA